CUUACUCAAUAUCAUCUUAUCGCGAUGGACUUCGAGGAAGAAGAGGAGGCCGUUCAGCCCCACUACGCCCAGAAGUUCCGGAUUCCAACGGAUCCCCUUCUCUUGGCCACAUAUGAGCUCUUUAACCCCUCAACGCAGACCUUGAAUCUGUACAGCGAGAGAAAUCGCGAGAUAUUCGCCGAGGCCUUCAUCGACGGAAACUUGGAUACUUUGGCAAACCUCGCUGUCAAAAGUCUGGCCAAGCUGGGAAUCCGGGGUAUAACACCUUACUUGCAGGCAAGACCAGAACUAAUGAGGAUUUUUUACGACGCCAUGGACGUGGAGUUACCUUUGAGGGAAUGCUAUAUGAUCGACGACCAACGCUUCUGGCGACGCGUAGUGCUGAGCAAUACGCUGGACAAGACGCUGCACCUGAAGCGCUGGAAUGAGUUCGACUGGAAGUCGGAGGGAGUGAGCCGCAAGUUUGUGGAGCAGGUAGAGGCCUGUCCGGUGAACGUAAAACCACAGAAAAAGCUUGCCCAACUGGCUGAAAAGGUUUGGGAAUGCGUGACCUCCAUGCACAUUCGCAAGCUGCAGGUACUGCCCGACUAUGCCUUCCUGAAGUAUAUGGAGAGCGAGAUCGACGACGACAUACCUUCCGAGUCCUCGGAUGAGGAGGAAAUCUCCAGUGAUGAGCCGGAUACAGAACUAGAAAUCGAGGGCGAGGGCGAGGAGGAGCAUCAGUCCAGUUCGAGUGCUGAACCCGCUAUUGUCUUCUGGCAUGCGGAAUCCGAAAAUAAAGACACGAUCCGCCGAAAUGCCCGCCAUCAGCGUAAUGACAACCGCCAGCAGGCGCGGGAUAUCAUUGCCAAGAAGCGGGCGGAUCGAGCGGAGAAUAGGAGGAGACGCGAAGAGAAAAAACUUGGCUUAAAUGAUGUUGAUACGACCAAGAAGAAGAAAAAGAAGAAGGAACCGCCGAUUCAGGACGUGUUCAAUAUAACCGUUGCUCCCGAGCCUGAGGAUGAUGAGGACAGAAAGCCGGACCACCGCAACAAGAUUCUACUGCUUGAGCGGAUCCAGCGCUACGACUAUCCGGAUAGCCACUGCCACCACAUCGAUCUAGGAUUCGUGCGCUAUUUUGGAAACAUGGUGUCAUUCACGUUGGAGUUUCUGGGACCUCCGGAAGGGAAAGACUUUCAAAGCCGUUACAUGAGGUUUUCAGAAGGUGACAUGGUACGUCUAAGUAGAGGCUUGCGCUGUCUGCCGAACCUUAGGACUUUCAAGCUGCGAAACGGGCGCUUGAAUGUCAAGAAGUUUCGCAUCUUGGCACGAGCUCUACAAGCUUUGGAUUCCCUGGAAGAGGUUGAUUUCGGCUAUGACCAAAUGACCGAUGACUGUAGCGAAGGGCUGGCCUACUUGCUCAAGCGCCCAAAGAUGUAUCGCAUUAUCCAGCUCGAGUACAAUCGACUGGGAUCCAAUUCGGCACUUGUGCUGGGCAAGGCCUUGACCGAGACCCAGGAAGGGGUUUUGGAGUACCUGGGCCUGGCCCACAAUCCACUUAAUGAAGUAGCCAUAAAAUCGCUCGUCACGAGCAUCAUGGGCACUCCGCAUGUGAUGGCCCUCAACAUCUCGGGCUGCGACCUCACUUCGAGCGUUAUCGUUCGGGAUAUAGGAAACCUACUGCGCAGUCACACACCUCUAAUGAGUCUUGAAAUGGCAGCCAUGAAUAUCGGCACCAACCAAGGAAACCAUAUCUUGAGAGCUCUCGAGAAGAAUACCCGGGUCCUUUUCGCCGACCUCCGGGAGUGUGAUCUGACCUUUGAUCAGGAGUUCGAGGUGGACAUGAUAGUGCGACGGAAUAACUAUAUUCACGAAAACCUGCACCACGGUGAGAACCUGUGUGCGGUGGUCAAAGAACGCCGUCAUCCGAUUGUCUACCAGAUCGAGAAUGAUAUCUCAAAGCGCAAGGCUUGCCAGGAAGUGCGGCCCAAGUUCUCGAGCUCCAGCGAAAAGUCGAUUCCUGAGGUGGUGGAGGAUAAGAAGGAGGUGGAGGAUGAGCGGGACAUCUGGGCCAUCUUGGCCCGCUGGGACCAACCAAAACAGCACGAAACGAGGGUCUCAGAGGGCGCGCAGGUCUCGCCUCACCCGUCACUAGAAAAACCGCAGCCCUUUGUAUACGAGGCCAACAAUUUUGAUAUAGAACAGUUCCGGAACUUUGUCCACUUGCCAGGUCCUGGCAAUCGCUUUUUCUACCUGCAGAAGAACAAGACCCCCUAGUUUCUAGCCCUUUUCACUACCAAUUGUUACAGCAUAACAUUGUACUCUGAGUAUAUUUUCAAAACAUUAAACGCACCACUUAGGCGGC